CCUUAGUAGUGUACACAUCCUGAUCCGAGGACUAUUGAAUUUUUCCCUUCUCAUUUUUUUUCCCCUCUGAGAUUUGACCCUGGCGGAUCACAAAUACUAAUUAGUGCCGGUGGCCCAUGAGUAAGUCCGCUGAGAACCUGGAAGAACUCAAGUGUCCCAUCCAGUCGCCACCAGUGCACCUGCAAAAGAAGUGCCCUGCUGACCUGAUUCACACACGGCCACAGCUGCCAUUCAGAACGUCCUGGUCGCGGAGCAAUUGCCCGUCCACAGCAGCCCGCUGCCACUGGUCAGCAACAGAUCAAUCGCCGAACCGACGCCUAAACCCCGAAACGGCCUGACGACACUAGCAAGGACGUCCAACCGUCAUCCCGCCUUCGUCGCUCCCCUCCACCACUUUCCCUUCGUCACUUCGACAUGGCGAAGAACCCCUUUGGCGACCUUCAUUCUCCUUUCGGCAGAUACCUGUCAGACGACCGGCGCUUCCUAAUUCCUCCCAUGCCGGGCCUCAUCCCGUUUUUACCCACGCCUCCUCUGCCUCAGCCGACUCGACCGACCUCUGGUCAAUCCGUGAAUCACCUCCAAGACCUGGACGGGGGUGCUGCACGAGGCGGCAGUAGUCAGGUACCCAUCGAGCUCGACGACGAUUCAGAGCCCGCACAGGCUACGACUUCAGGGCCUCUAAACGCCACCACGGGUACUCAGCAACAGCAGCAACAACAGCGGUCUCGUAACCACGCAGUCAACCCUUGGGGCAUAUUGACACCAGACAACACCCAGCACCUACAAGCUUUACCCUCUUUUUCAGACUUUGCCGCCAACCUGGAUUUCUCGCAGUUCGACGCGACAGCGCCUUUCCCUAACGGCGCCCCGCAGACGCCUGGCCACGACCUGAACAGUGACGAGUUCCUUUCGGCACUGGUUGAUGGGAACUUCUCCUCGCCAUCCUCGUACCCUCAACAAGUUCAAGCCUUUCCAGGCACCCACCAACCGAAUCAGUCCUCGAAUCUACAAAACCCUCCCCAUCGCUGCCCUCCAGAAACGGCGCUGCGACCAAACCGCCUCUUCACCAGAAACAGCAUCAACAACACUCCCGCCGCGCCACCUGUAGGACUUGCACCGACGGGAAAUCCUACUACUUUCGAGAGCGAGGUGGAAGAAUCGCUUUUCGUCAGCUCAGACGACGAACUACCAGCCACAAUGCCUGUACAGACGCGCCGGAGAGCCUCCACAAUACUCAGUUCCGACCACGACCCCGAACCGGAGGAGAUCGCGGCACCCACAUCGCGAAAGAGAGCUGCGCCCUCCUCUGCACCGUCUCGAGGUUCUGUCGGCCCGAAAAGACGGCGGACAUCACAGCCCCAGGGCACGCGCACUCAGACAGCAACCAAUACUCUAGUCAUAGACGACGACCCCUUUGCCGAGGAAAAGGAAGAAUCGAAGAAGGGAAAGGAGAAGGAUGAGGACAUUAUUGAUCUGGCAGGCCCUAAUGAGGCGUCGGAGGAGGUGAAAGUGCCCAAGGAAGACAACAGGGUCAAGCUCUCAGCCUUCCAGUGUGUCAUCUGCAUGGACGAUGUCACUGCGUUGACAGUAACACACUGCGGUCACCUCUUCUGUUCCGAGUGCCUGCACUCUGCACUCAACGUCGACGCCACUAAGAAUAAGUGCCCGAUCUGCCGACAAAAAGUCGAAACCAAGGACCGAAACGAGUACACAAGCAAGACCAAGGGCUUCUGGCCUCUAGAGCUCAAGUUGAUGACAGCAAGCCGCAAGGGGAAACAGCGGGCCUAAAGACUUUUUUUCCUUUUCUUCUACACCAUUACUUAUUUUAACAUCCCCCCAGGACUGCCUUCUUCGAGUCACGGGCAGUACAUCCAUCUUUGGCGAACACACACAGGAGGGGAGGGCAUAGGGUUGCGUGGUUUUAGCAUUUACAGUGCGUUUGGGGGAAAUCGGGAGGGCCUGGUCAUUGAUUUCUUGUGAUACCCGUUCAACCAGCAUUGCGCUCACGGAGGGCGAGCGGAGGAGCCCUUAGACCUGUUUAGGGACAGCAAAAGCGAAAUGACAGCCCAUUUCAGCCAUUUUCCUGACUACUCGAGUCUUGAGCACUAUGAACCUACUUGAAGAAAGAGUCAGAACAGACCACGGGCGGUAAAUUCAUGUGCAAAAGAUCUACAUUCGUCAC